ACUCAAUUGUCCUCCGUGUGAAAAGAUGGAUCUCAAAAUAGUCACUGGAAAAGGUUCAAAUAUGCAAAAGAUGCUGGAAAACUGAAGAUUCCGCAGGACAUGGAGGAUUUUUCUGAAGACCAGUUCUCAGUUUAACUGAGUAGAACAAACAAGGGACUCUUGAACAACCAUCACAAAACAAAAAAACAGUCGUGGAUCAUCCAGCCUCAGAGUGUGAGUGGAGUUGAAAUGAGGAAAAGGCAGCAGGGACGCAUUGAAGGACCCCCACAGGCGCCUGGUCACCCGAGGCCCAACACCUGCUGUCUGUGUUGGUGUGGAUGCUGCAAAUGCCUCUGGAAUGAAGACAGAAGGGAACGUUCAGAGAGGCAAACAUGUACAAAGAUGGAUAGCAUAGAAGCAACAGAGGAACAGCAUCCCACACUGGACGAGGUGAUUGCCUGGUCACGGAGCUUUGAGAUGAUGAUGCGCUCUCCAGAGGGGAGGGGUGUUUUUCGGGAGUUCUUGCGGUCUGAGUACAGCGAAGAAAACCUGAUGUUCUGGAUCGCCUGUGAGGAACUGAAGAAAGAAACCAACCCAUCAGCUAUCGAUGAAAAAGCCAGGAUCAUUUAUGAAGACUACGUCUCCAUUCUUUCGCCAAAAGAGGUCAGCUUGGAUUCACGGGUGAGGGAAGGCAUCAACCAAAGCCUGGCAGAACCCAGCGGUACAAUGUAUGAGGAGGCCCAGCUUCAGAUCUACACCCUCAUGCACAGAGACUCCUUCCCCCGAUUUCUCAGCUCAUCUGUUUACAGGGAUCUCCUUAACAGCAAGAGGGCCUGCUUAGACACCUAGGUUUCAGCAAGAACAUUUGUGACAAAAAAGCCCCAGGGUUCCACUUUCAAAAGGUGUGAUGUUUCUUAUUUCAAGAGUGAGUAGUUAAGCAAUUCUGAGCAUCCACUAGUGACCCUGAAGUUCAGUUCUGUUUAAGUGCCAAUAUGAGCUGCUCAGGCAACUGUGACACAGAAAAAACGUGUAGGAAAUCUGACCAAUCCAUACUUCCUGCUCUCAACUUGCCUGUUUUUUUCAUUCACCCGGUUUGUCUCUUUUGACUCCUCAAAUCUCCUCUCUCUUCCUGUUUACCUCACCUGUUCUCUUUCUCUCUCUGUGUUCUUUCUACCUGAUCCUUUCCAUCUUUUAUGCCUCGCAUAUCUGAGGACAGCUGAAUAAUGUUGUUAUUAUUAUUAUUUUUUAAAGAAAAUCAAAAAACAACAGAUAAGCGGUAGAUGUUAAACUAGAAAACCUUUGCAUGAUACAAGGUUAUGGAAUUUACUCCAGUUUGACAUUUAAGCCCCGGACUACAAUGUUUUUUUUUUUGUUUUUUUAAUGCUGUCAUGGGGAGAGAACACUGUAAAGCUCUCGUAAGCGAAGGGAAAAUUAGCUGUGCCAAUUGUUUUGUAAAAGAGAAGCUGGGAAGCGUAACCGCCGUCUUGCCGUCCAAACUCUUUCUUUGCGUGUCGACAGUUCUUUAACUGGGAAACAUAAGGGCUAGCUAGUGUUGUGAUUGGGCAGCUAAAUGAAUCAUGAACAUUUCUUUCUCUCUGCAAAAAUCACAAUGCCUCGACACUGAGUAAGGGCACAAAAGCUGCUGAUGCUGGUGACGACACAGUUUAUUGUGUGAGUCCUCCUAGCCCCUCCCAGUCCGUUACUAAAAGAGAGAAGCACAGGUACUGUAUGUCAUGGGCUGUAAGCUUCGCUGGAUUGACCGAGAAUUGCUUGAAAAUCACUCACCAACAUUCUGGAGGUUCUUAAAAGAGCUUCGAAUUGUCUUACACAUUAAAGAAAUGUAUUUUAUUAAACAAAAGUGUAGUGAACACUAUGCCUUGUUUUUGAGAGUUACACUAGGUCUAUUUAAAAUAACUGUGAUCACCGAGACCUGCUCGAUGAGGUGGUGCGACGGAGUCGGAUCCAUCAGGGAAACUUUUCUCUGCCGCCGAGUCCAAAUGUUCGUUUUUGCAACUCGAAACGAGGAGCGGUCAUUUUCACAGCUCGGAAAACCGCAGGUUAUCGAAAAAAAAAAUAAAACAAGCAAGUCAGUCUUUUUUAUAAUACUUUUUUCCAGCAUGCGUUUCUUCUGUUGUGUCAUGUACACAUUGCAAUACUCAACCCAGAUAUGAUGUGAACCUCUGCGGGAAGCAUCACGUUGAAGAUGAUACUUAUAAAAGAUGAUUUCCUUUCGAGGUUUAGACGUGUGUCCCUUGUUGGAUUCAAACUUGAAUGUUGCUGUUCAAUUUUCUAGACAUUUAUGUGCUAUUGCAAUCGCAGCAGCCAGUGCAUGAGAACACGAUAUUUAAAACACUGGUGUGUUAAACCACUCUCUCACCUUUUAGCGGAGAAAUUCAAGAGUGAAUUGCAUUUAAACCUACGUUUUUUGGUCACCAUACCCAACCUCAAAGUGUCACUUUCCCUGAACUCUUGUGCCAAUGAAUGAACGUUUGUUAAGUAAAUCAUGAUCAAGUGUGUUGUUGUUGGGUUUUCUUACUGGUGCUCUGAGAGUUAAGUGCCAUUCACUCUGCAGGUUUACCACAUUAAAAUAUAGACCUUUGUCACUUUACCGAGUGCAUAGAUAUCCUUCUUUGAAGUAUUCGUGUGUGUGAGCAUCAGCCAAUGUGAGUAGGUCCUUUACUUAUGUUGUUUUACAAACCGAAUAGGUGUUACCUAGUAGUUUACUUACUGAAGCAGCAGACCACCAUUUCUAAAACAAAAUGAUUGAAUUUUCUUGUUUGUUUUAAAAGAAAAAAUCAUGUCAUUAAAGAAAUGAGCAAUAAAUCAAAAUUGUCUUGCUCUAAAAAAAAAAAAAAGACCCUGCAUGACAUGUGGACAUUUACUGUACCAAACUAUCUUUGAGGGGGGAAAUUAACAUACAUUUACUGUAAGUUUUAUGAUAAAUGUCAAUGAAAAUUAACGUGACUGUAUGACUAUUUCAAUCCGUACAUUUCAGUAAUCCAGGAAGUCCAACAUCAUGGAGGUCAUUGAAACUACUGGAGUGAAUAUAUAAUUUUUUUUCAAAGCAGAUAUGGAUAGAUUUAAAAAAUAAAUAAAAAUACAAUCACAAUAGAAGAUAAUCAUGUUCAUUUAAAUGAUGGAAAAUUUGAAACAUACCUCUGAAGAUCUUAUUGACAAAAAAUGUCGUGCAGUAUUAUGCUACUAUAUUUGGCUGCAGACGGAAUCAUUUAAUAAAAACUAUCAUAAAGUUUCACAGACGAAGGUAUUAUUCAGAUUUGACAUUUGCACCCAUUAUUAAUUGGAUUGCAGAAUAUACAGGAACAUGCAAUGUCACAUUUGGUCCCGUUUCCAGUGUACCAUCAUUUUAAGAGCUGUUAUCUGUUUCAUGUCAAUGCCUCAACUUUAUUUUUGCUGCUAAUGUUUUAUCCGAUUUAGAGAGUUUAGGAGUUUUUCACUUGACGGCUGUCACAGUGAUGGCUAACAGCUGUUGAUAAUGAUUUUAUCAGCUUGGUAUGACUUGGAAAAAUAACCUUUCUUGCCAAAAGGCUCCUUUUCUAAGCAAAUGAAGUGGAGCCUGUGCUAUGCGAUUAUAAAAGCGUCUCGUUUUCAUUGGUUUUCCACUACCUCUCGUUAUGCUUAGUUAUUUUUUUCUCAUCUAGUUAUUAAUGUUAAAUGUUUAUUUUGAUCUACUUGAAGCCUAAUACUGUAAAUGAGAUGGGUUUACAAAGAAGAGUAGCAUUUUCUUUUGUUUGUUUGUUUGUUUGUUUUGUUGAAUUCUUUUCAGCGUAAUUAUGAUAUAUACUCACGAAGAAUUCAGGAAACGUACUAUUUAAGGGCUAAUCCCAUAUUGCCUAUGCAAAUAUCUUAAUUGUCAUAUUGGAAUAAUUAGUGACUGAGGAAUGUUUUCCUGAAAUUGGGUGGAACACUGGUUUACAUUUGCCCUUUUCUGAUAUUCCUUAGUCUCUUUGGUCACAUAAUAUGUCAUAUAUAAAAUCCGUCUUGAUGAAAAAGCUACUCAAUUAAGAUUGAAAUAAAUCUGUGUUGUCUACUGUGGGUUGACAGUUCACUAUUGAUGUAAAGUGCAUGCUUAAGUUUAUUUGUUCAAGUGAUGGAAAACUCUGGCCUCUGGAGCCGCACUGGGCAGGAGAGAAGUAAUUGAAUUAUUUGUGGAUGAAGCGAGUGUCUAUUCUUGUUUUUAAGGGUGCUUCAGUCUUUUUUGCAAAGGUUGAAGGGCUACUUUGGGCACUUUAAACACGCUUUUCACGAAUAAGAAUAUCUACCUCUUGGUUCUGUUCUCUCCAUAUGCUUAAUAUAGAAGACUGAGCCUUGGAAAAACAACGUAGCUUGCACACAUUUCGAUUGUUUUGACUUGGUUUAGAGCCACAGGUGAACUGCCAGGCACUUUUUGGGGACUGAAUUUUAGCUCAACCUCACUGAUUAAACUUCUCAUCCUUUAGUUAUGUUGCUUUUCUUCCUGUUUAAACGAAAGAUUGACAGUUUGUGCCCAAACACUAAAGAAAACACUCAUUUAUUCCAGUAUCUGUUAUAGCAUGUGCUUGCGUUUUGUGAUGUAUGGAUUGUUGUAAUUACAGAAAAGAAGUGUUAACAGCAGCACUCAGUAGUAACAGUGUGAUACACCUUUCACAAUUCUUCAUUGUAAGCACAUAAAAUAUGCUCUUUACAUUCAUAAGACAUCAAUGCCAUUGAUUUGAAGGGUUAUGUAGGGUAACCUGAAUUUUAAUGACCCUCAAUAUAUUGGAAUAUUGCAAGGAGGAAGGCUUCAUGUAUAUCCGCUUUUCUUUCAUUAAAUCAUUUUCACUAUCACAUGGAAUUGGAAAGAGAUCAGGUAAAAUUUUUCAUUCAAAUUUGUUGCCUGACUUUAAAAUCAUUAUUCAUAAUUCAUUUAUUGUUGUGUUUCUAAAGCCUCAUGGUGGAUUCUGAAUAGUUGUGUGUUUAUAUCAGUACACAGUUACAUUCCAAUUGUUUUCAUGAUUAAACAGUCUGACUACGACUAACUUCACAGAGUAAAUGCUGAAUUAUUUAAUUUCAACAUUUUAUUGCUAAAACACUGUGUACCACAAACUUUACAUAUUGUAAUUGGAAUUAAUAAUCAAAAUUAUUAGAAGGGAUAUAGAGCUCUGUGUACAUUUAUGCUUUGACAAAAAUGGAGAAUUAUCAACUGCUAUAAUUUCAUGGCAUCCUUCAGACUCUGUCUCACAGUUUAUCACAGUCACCCUGAAGUGCCUUGAAUGUUUAGGCCAUGAUCUAUGAUUUAUAGUUAAUAUCCCAAGGGAAGAUGUUUGUCUUUUUAAAACCUGUGCUCUUCUCUAGGAUUAAAUGCAUGAUGCACGCUGUAAGCAAAAGACAUUUGCACAUGCAGAAAGAUGUUAAAGCCAAGAUCUUUGGAAAUAAGUGUGAACUGAUAGUAUUUUAGCAUUUUAGCCGUUCAGCUUCUGUCAUUGUCCGCUGCUCAAAAAACAAACAUUCAUUAUUAUUAUAAUUUUUUUUUUUUUAACUAUCAUCAUCUUGAAGUUGUGCUUAUUAUAUAAGUGUUUGGUGCUUAUUAUCUGUCACAUAAUGAAAUAUCAAACCUGUCAUCCCAUUGUCACAAUUUUUUUUUUUUACAGAAUACAGACUUGCCCUGUUUUGUUUUUCCUCGGACCAGACACAGAUCAGGCCUUUACUGAAGGCGUUCUUUAGAGCUGUGCUAUGAUAUGAGUCCUAAUAAAUCACCUAUUUUAAUAUA